UCCUAUUCAUUUGAUAUCAUUCCAAUCAUCAUUUCAUUGAUAACCGGAUGUUUUUUUUUUUCUUAAAAAAAAAGAAGGCAAUCCUUUUCAUCCAAACAAAAGGGAUAUCCAAUUUCAGCUAUUAUUCUUUUCUUUACUCUUCUUAUAUUCUUUUUUCUUUCUUUUUUUUUUAAAAAAAAAAAUAAGUUAAGAUGUAUCUUAGUAACGUAAUUGUGAUCAUUGGAUUAUUUAUAUUACAAGUCAAAGCAAUGAUCAUCAAACGAUCAAAUGCGGUAGGUAUGGAGAAAUUACCGAUGGAAAUAGAUUAUCAAGCCAACAAAAAAUUUGUACCGUUUCAACGAUGGAGGGAACCAGUAGGCAUGGAAGAUGCGAAUGUAUCAAUGAUGGAUGAUGAACAAGUAUUAGCUUCACUUGCAUACAAAACGAGUCAUCGAACAGCAUUGGAUCUGGAUCAAAUUGAUCAAGGUGUCAAUGGUAGACAAAACACUCCUCGUACUGGAUUAAGAAAUCCACCUCAACAACGUCGUCGUUAUCGUCAAAAUCAUCUAGUGAAGAAUCCUACUCUAGUGGUACCAAUGAUGAAACAACAAGUGGAAGUAGAAAAACAACAGGAAGAGAUAGUCAGUAAACCUCUUCCUAAAAGAAAGCAAAAGAACAUGAUUGGCGUGGAUGGUCUUGGUCAUAUGCGUCACAUGGUACUGGAUUCAAAUAAGGAUGAUGGUGGUGAGAUACGAUUAAAUGAAAAAAAUGUAGUAGCUCUUGAUACUAUAGGUGAACUUCAUACAAUGAUAUUACCUACUACUAGUCAAUCUAAAGGGAAAAAAUACUAAAAAAAAA